AUGGCUUCUCAACCCUUUCAGCACAACUCCGCCCCCAAGAGGCCGCGGCUAUCCCUCAAGAUCAACACCUGCGGCUCGUCAGUCCCCAGCAGGCCAGUAAAGGGCUUCCAUGUCGACCCUACCGAUCGUACAGCCUGCAACACCCUGUCCAACGUCUACGCAACCGCCAUCGAGAGGUCUACGCCAGUACAGGCCGAGCCCCUUACAGCCAUCAACACUCUGCAGAGCUUCUCCCUCAAGACGCCAGCCGAGCCCCGGGGCCCCAAGCUCAAGAUCAAGACGCCAUAUGUCGCCGCCUUCCCGCAGACACCGACCACCGAGACCUCCGCAUCACCGCCGCAGAAGAUGGACAUUGCCUUCCCAAGCACCAUGACGCCGACGCCUCCCAUGUCAGCUGGCGCCGUCGACUCUUCCACAUCCAGCGCCUUUCCCUUCUCCCCUAGGGAUCUCUCCUCAAGGGCGAGGACAUAUGGCGUUACCUCACCCUGCUCGCCAGUCGAGCCGCUCCUCUCAAGGCGGUAUACCGCUGCGUACACCACUGGAGCUGCUCCUGCUCCCUAUACGCACCCUCACUCUCUCCACAGCAUCUUGCGCAACUCGCCUCUACCCCCCAGGACAGCCAUUCCCGCCUCUCCCAGGCGGCAGUCCCUGAGGCUGCAGGAAAAGGCCGCCAAGCGUGUCGGCUACAACAACCCUCUCACCCAGACCAUCAUCACCAACAAGUACACCAAAUCGCACAUCGACCUCCUCGUGGAGGAAGCCUCACCCGCGUCACCUUCGUUCUCGCCCAUUGGGGGCGACAGGGCAAUCAACCUCAAGCAGGCAUUCUCGCCCAACGAAAUCGAGAAUGGGGGCCAAACGCCAGGCCCGUUCGAGGACAUGCGACGCAAGCUCGCGGCCCUGAGUGGUGGCGGUGCAGGGACGCCACCGCCGUCGUCGUCCCUGUCGCCAUCCGAAACGGGCGGCAUCCGAAAGCGCAAACGCAAGGAGAAGAAACGCCAGUGGGUCUGGACAAUCGGCGUGGCGGACGAGGAGGAGGAGGAUGACGAGCGCGUCGGUGGCGCAAUCGCCGCCUCCAGGGCUGAAGCCGCCUCCGCCUCCGCCUCCGCCAGGGGUAGGGGCACGGCCACGGCCAAGGCGCCUUCUCACAACGACGACGACGACGACGGAGAUGAAGCCGGGGCGGUGCGUGCGAACGCUGUCGUCCCGGACAUCCAGAUGGUGCCCGACACGCCGACGACGAGCAUCGAGAGCAGCAGCAGCAGUGCCGCCGACUCGGCCAUUGACGUUGACAUGUCGGACGCCAGCAGCGUCGUCUCGGAAGAUUUCCAGGGCGUCUUCCUCCCCGUCGGGCCCGCUGCGAGCUUUCUUGCGUCCGAGCUGGACGUGAAGACGCCGACGGCGCCGCCCAGAAGCAGGGCGUAUUAUGCCUGCAAUGGCUACAAUAAGCGGAAGCGGGAUACGCCUAUCCCUGAGCUAGCUGAGGCGCAGGAUACGCAUGUAAGCGUGGACAGCUGA